AUGGUUUCCCCCCAAUUGCACACAAUCUUCAAUAGAUUUUCAGUUGGUAAAGUUUCAUCGAAGAGGUCUUCCAUCACAGUUGACAAUGGAUUGAAAAUCAUUCUAUAUCAGAAUAAUACUGUAAGAUAUGGGUUUGUAAAUGAUGCUGAUGGUAAUUUCAAAUCUAUAACGUUAGAAAAAGAGAUGAUUGGAGACGUAUCCAUAAUUGCGGAUCAAAUUGGUAAUUAUCUGUGUCUUUUCAAUGAAUUUGAAAUAAGGGUAAUCGAGCUUCCAUGGAAAUUAUGGGACGCUAAAGAAGAUUCCUCAUUUCAACUUGACAACAUGGUACAAAUACGUUCUUAUGAUUUAAAAAGUUUUGGUACAACAAUCCAAAAAAUAUUAUUUCAUCCACUAGGUUUAGCUUACCCAUGUUUAGUUGUCCUAUUAAAGAAUAGCAAUAUAUGUUCAAUUGACAUAAAAAGAAUACUGAAAGUUGAAGAAAUACCUUCUACAUGUAUAACAACUUUUCAUACUAAAGGUGUAAUGGGCUUAUCCAGCUGUAUUGACGAUAUCAUCGAUAUUAGUUUUAGUUCAGAUAAAUUAUCACUGUAUGCUUUAACUGAGACUGAUAUAUAUCUAUUUUAUCCAUUUUUAAUUCCAACCAUCUCGGUAACUAAAAAUGAAAUCGAUCAAUUAUUUCAGAAAUCUAUUAUUUUAUUUGAAAAUCUAGAAAAUGAUUCUAGUGAAGCUGUCAGAAGAAAUAUAAUAAAACAACUGCAACUUUUAUCAACUUUAUCUGGUGACAUUAAGACCCAAAUGAAACAAGUUAAGAAUACUGACGAGACAAAAAUUUACAAUAUUGAUAUUAAUACAGAAUAUCGUAGCGUCAAUGCACAAGGUAGCUUUUCUAUAGCCCCAUUUCCAGAAGAACUUUACAAGCAAUCUGCAGUUAACCUCUCUGUUAUUCAGAUAGGACAUGGGAACGAACUUUAUGUAAUAACAUACGAUGAUGGUACAGUACUUAUUUUAUACAGAGAUUUGGAAUCGUCCAUGUCUUGGGAUUCAAAUGAUUAUACCUUUAACAACUCGUUCAUUUUGCUUGAAAAAUUAAAAUUCAAUCCUGAUGAAACCAAGUCAAUAUUAGAUAUACCAUUUAAAAAUGGCAUAUUUGCUAUUGCAGGAGAUCAAACUGUUAAUUUGAUUGAUACUUCAUGUUGGUCGGACAUUCUUUCACAAUGCAUCAAAGAUAAUGAUAUUAGAAAUCUCGCUGGUUUAUCUAUAGAAAGUCACAAACAAACUAUUAAUACACUAGAAGAACCAAAUUCAUGUAUUCUAUGGAAUGAACAUAAUAAAAAGGAAUUAUUGUUUAUCACAGAAACUAAAUUAAUUUCUUCUGACAUUUUAGAAUCCAAUAAUGAAUCGGCUGAAAAGCUGCCGGUACCUGCAAUUAAUGAUAUUAAGAAAAUCGAAAAAUUACAACUGAAGAAUUAUAGUCAACCUAUUAAAGAGAUAAAUAUAGCAGUUCAAAGGUACAAAGAUUCCUGUAAGGUUCCUUAUAGCAAAGUUAUUCCAGCUAACAUAAGACAGAAACCGUUUGCAAAUGACGAAAAUGAAGACCAGUUGGCAUAUAUAACCGAAAUAUCACAAGAAAUAGGUUCAAAGAUAUUGCAAGGCCAAACUAUAGCAUUGAUGAUGCAUACAAGAUUGCGCGAACAACAAGAUGUUUUUGCGGAACAAUUGAUGCAUACUAAUAAAGAACUGCUACAUAAUAAAACUAUUAAGCAGACAUAUGACAUACAGUCUACUAAGAUCAAACACAUUACAGAACGUAACACGAAAUUAAAUGAGAGAACAUCUAAGUUGAUUGAGAUGAUGGAAAAAAUCAAGCAAUCACAACAAUAUAAGAACAUGCCAAUUAAUGACUCUGAGUCUAAAUUAUUCAAAGAAAUCAAAAAACAAGUGUUAAUAUUCAAUGAUGCAGUUAACAGACAACAAGAACAACAAGAAGCUAUCAAGUUUUUACAAACAGAAUUAAACAAUAUUAUAGAGCAACCGGCACAAUCACACGAUGCAAUUAUUGAUUCCGAUGAAGAUGAAUGGAAUGAACUGUGCGAUCUGUUGAAUAGAGAUGCAAAGAUUAUUGAGGACUGUAAUGCAGAACUGUCGUCUGCAUCUGGCUUAAUAUAA